GACCCUGAAAAACUCUGACUAGCUCGCUUUCCAAGAAACGCCUCUGAAACCACUGGCACCAGAUGAGCGAACAGUCCAGCGCUGCACAGGUACAGACCUCACACGCUCCGGGUCCGCCUCCCGCCCUCCGCGCUGCGGGAGAAGCCCCCCAGCCCUGGGGUGGGGGGGUCCCGUCGAACCCGAAGCGCCCACGCCGCCCGUCACUUCCUGCACUGCGGGGUCCGCAGCGGGGGAGCGGGGGUUCCCCGGCGAACCCGUCCGGCGGAGCCCGCGGGGAGCCCAGUCCAGCCCAGCCGGGCCAGGUCCCGCCCCACCGCGGGCCCCGACUUGGUGACCUUGAACGAGUCCGAGAACUUUCUCCAGGCCUCUGCGCCCGGGUGUGCAGGGGAGCCGAGGGGCGCGUCGACCCCGCUCCCAGCCGCCGCGUGCUGCCAGCUCCUUGGGGGUGCGGAGCCCGGGGGCUGCGCUCGGAGGGUGAUGCCCAGCCGCAGGGCGGGGGUCCCUCUGAGCGCCCCCGGGGGCUCAGGGGGUCCCUGCGGCCGGCUCAGCGUAGAGGGAACCCCCAAAGCCGGGGCCCAGGAGCAGCGGGUGCGGGAGCCGAGGGGGGACACCUCCACCCCCGGCUCGCGCCCACCCGCGGCCCGGAGAGGGGCGGGGCCGGGCCGGUCCAGCCUCGCCGGCGCGCACCCCGCGGACCCCGCCCUCGGGCCCGCCCUCCGCUGGCCCGCGCCCCCAUUGGCGGCGUCGGGCAGCGCGGCCGCUGUUAUUUUUCGAAUAUAUAAGGAGGUGGAGGUGGCAGCUGCGCCGAGAGGCUUCCCGGGCCCGCGGCUGCUCCCCGCGUUCCUCCACCCCUCCCCGCCCUUCCCGCUCCCCUCUCCUCCUUCCUCGCCUCCCUCCCUCCCCUGCUCCCCGAGACCCCGCGCCCCGCGCCCGUCCGGGGCCCGCGCCCGCGGCGAUGGAGCGGCCCCCGCCGGAUCCCGCGCCGGGCUCGGCUCGCAGCCCGCCGGCCUCCGCGCGCCCGGGACACCUCCCGGGGCUCCGGCUGGGCAGCCCGCCGGGGUCCCCGCUGCGCCCGCUGGCCGCCUCGCCGGUCACCAGCCUGGCCAAGAACAUGCACAAGCUCGCCGGGCUCGGCAGAGACGCCCCAAGGGGUCAGGCAGGCAGCCUGCUCACGUGCCCGUCCCUGGCCCGUCUUGGGUCUGAGUCCUCCUUGUCAUCUGAGACUUCUGAAUCUUCAGAUGCAGGUCUCUGCAUGGACUCUCCCAGCCCCCUGGACCCCCAGCUGGCAGAGCAGACGUUCGAGCAGGCCAUCCAGGCGGCCAGCAAGGUUAUUCGCAAUGAGAAACUCGCCUUUCGACGAUUCCAGUCCUUACCAGGGCGGCUGUUGGGACACAGUCCCGUGCUGCGGAACGUCACCAACUCCCAGGGACCCGGCGGCUGGAGGAAGAGGGAGGCCUGCAGCCUCGCGGGGCCGGAGCACAGCCCCAGGAAGGACAAAGAGAACGAUGGGUUUGUCUUCAAGACGCCGGGGACGCCCACAGCCCCCAGCCAGGCUCCUGCUCUGGCCAAGUGGAUCGUCCACAAAGAAGCCUUUGCCCAGAGGCCAAGCUCAGCACCCAACCUGAUGUGCCUGACCCCGGAGCGGAAGAUGGAGGUGGAUACGCUGAGCCCUCUAGCCCGAAGCCCCUUCUCCCUGACCCCCACCAAGGGGUCCCCCGAGGAGGAUGAUGGAUUCGUGGACCUCUUGGAGAAGGACCUAAAGGAUGACGAUUCGGUCCCCCCGAGCAUGGAGAGCCUCAUUAGCGCCCCACUGGUCAGGACCUCGAAGAAGGAGGAGGAGCAGGACCUCGUCAUGUUCAGCAAGUGCCGGCGUCUCUUUCGCUCCCCGUCCCUGCCCUGCAGCAUCAUCCGACCCAUCCUGAAGCGGCUGGAGCGGCCGCAGGACCGGGAGGGCCCCGUGCAGAGCAAGCGCAGGAAGAGCAUCACCCCUCCCGAGGCGGAGGACGAGGAGGAGCCCGAGGAGCCCAAAGCCCGUGUCCUUCGCUCCAAGUCCUUGUGUCACGACGAGAUCGAGAGUCUCCUGGACAGUGACCACCGAGAAUUGAUUGGGGAUUACUCCAAGGCCUUCCUCCUGCAGACCGUGGACGGGAAACACCAAGACCUCAAAUACAUCUCCCCAGAAAUGAUGGUGGCUCUGCUGACGGGCAAAUUCAGCAACAUCGUGGAGAGGUUCGUGAUUGUGGACUGCAGGUACCCCUAUGAGUACGAGGGCGGACACAUCAAGACGGCCGUGAACCUGCCCCUGGAGAAGGACGCGGAGAGCUUCCUCCUGGACAGCCCCAUUACGCCCUGCAGCCUGGAGAAGAGAGUCAUCCUCAUCUUCCACUGCGAAUUCUCCUCGGAGCGGGGCCCCCGCAUGUGCCGAUUCAUCAGGGAGCGAGACCGGGCAGCCAAUGACUACCCCAGCCUUUACUACCCCGAGAUGUACAUCCUCAAAGGCGGCUACAAGGAGUUCUUCCCACAGCACCCGAGCUUCUGUGAGCCCCAGGACUACCGGCCCAUGAACCACGAGGCCUUCAAGGAGGAACUGAGGACCUUCCGCCUGAAGACCCGCAGCUGGGCCGGGGAGCGGAGCCGGCGGGAGCUGUGCAGCCGCCUGCAGGAGCAGUGACGGCCGUCCCCUGCCGUCCCCUGCCUUCCCUGCCCGUCUUGCUGCGGCCUGCAGAGCCUCCGGAGGACCCACUGGAGGCCCAGGGGUCACCAGGAGAGGGACGGUGCGGGUGUCCUACCCUCUGCUCCUGGACCCCUCCCCUUCCUCUCUCUGGCCCCCACCCCCGCCCCCACCCCCCACCCAUCCGGUGCCUGGAAGAGCCCGACUGUUGACUGAGUAGGAUUGGAUUAGGUCCAGCUCAAAGGAAGAAUUUUGGGUCUUGGCGGGUUGGGGCCUGGUAACUGAUUUGGGCAGGUUGGGGCCUGGUAACUGAUUUGGUGUCGCCCUUCCUUGUUUGUGUUUAUCCUUUGUCGCCCUGUGUCCAGGAAAGCCCGUUUUCUCUCGGGGCUUGGUUUGUGUGUGUGGGAACCCUCCCUCCCUGGGCUUCUCCCGCCUUCCCCCUCCCGCUGGGGGUGUCUGCCCCGCCUUUCUCUGUCCCUUUCUCUGUCCCUCCCAGCACACACCUAUGCUCUUCUUCCUGUUUCAGUGUUACCUGCAGUGUUACCUGGGGUCUGCUGGGACCCCUGCUGGGGACAAGCAUGGGCUGAGGCUUAGGCCCCCCUGCUGCCCAUCAGGGGCCCUCUUUCACUUGGGCUUGGUGUCAGGGUGCCUCGGAUGUUCCUCUCGGGGGGUUCCUCAGCCCCCCUGGAAACUCAGCCACUACCGCCCCAACUCUGAACCCCAGCAUCUGACAGACCGACCCCUGUGGAAACACCUCGGCCAGUGCGCGUCUGUCUGUCUGUGUGUCUGUCCGAAGGGAGGCAGGGGUGAGGGGGCCAAGAGCAGACGUGACCAGGGAGGGGAACAGCUACGGAAGGCCCUGCUGAGUCUCUCUUGGGGCUUUUGUUCAAUAAAGCACUGAGCAAGC